AUGAUCCUCAAUGCCGACGCCAAGAUCAGCAACACCCCCUCCAUGAAGGGCGCGUUCCAGCCCUCGGGCGACGCGUUCUGGGACAAGUGUCUCCAUGGCGAUCGGCACUGGUUCCACUGGUUCCUCUGGAUUCAGUGGUUUCGUGCCUGGCACCGCUCUCCUCCGACACCGCACCGCUCUCACUCCACCCCCCUCUCUCCAACAUUGGCCACCGCCUCGCUACGCUCAGUGCUAACAGACAGCGAGCCCUUCCUCACCCGCACCUACGCUGGCACCGUCAAGGAGAUCACCAUUGAUGGCCAGAACAUGACGAUGGGCGACGUCGUCGCCGUUGCGCGCCAGGGCGCCAAGGCCGUCAUCUCUCCCUCGGUCCACGCCCAGAUCCAGGAGUCGGUCGACUUCAAGGAGUCCAAGAAGCACACCUCGAUCUACGGUGUGACGACCGGUUUCGGUGGCUCGGCCGACACGCGUACCUCUGACACUGAGGCGCUUCAGCUCUCGCUUCUUGAGCACCAGCUCUGCGGUUUCCUCCCCCAGAGUGGCGACUAUGAUGCCAUGCUCCUCGCGGCGAUGCCCAUCCCCAUCGUCCGCGGCGCCAUGGCCGUGCGCGUCAACUCGUGCGUCCGCGGCCACUCGGGCGUGCGCCUCAGCGUCCUCCAGUCGAUUAUCGACAUGCUCAACGCCGGCCUCGUGCCCUGCAUCCCUCUCCGCGGCACGAUCUCGGCUUCGGGCGACCUCUCGCCCCUGUCCUACAUCGCGGGCGCGAUCUGCGGGCACCCCGACGUGCGCGUCUUCGACACGGCGAACAAUGUCGUCCUCUCCGCCCCCGAGGCGCUGAAGAAGUACGGCCUGCCCACCGUCAAGCUCGCGUCCAAGGAGGGUCUUGGUCUCGUCAACGGUACUGCUGUUUCCGCUGCCGCGGGUGCGCUCGCGCAGUACGACGCCGAGUGCCUUGCCAUGCUCGCGCAGGCGAACACGGCCCUCUCCGUCGAGGCGCUGCAGGGCCACGUCGGCUCCUUUGCCGAGUUCAUCCACGCGAUCCGCCCGCACGCGGGCCAGAAGCAGGUCGCGGCCAACAUGCGCGCGAUGCUCGAUGGCUCCUCCCUGGCCGUGCACAAGGAGGAGGAGGUGGCGCUCGCCGACGACGCGGGUGUCCUCCGCCAGGACCGCUAUGCGCUCCGCACGUCGGCGCAGUGGAUCGGUCCGCAGCUCGAGCUCCUCGCCCUCUCUCGUCGCCAGAUCGAGACCGAGCUCAACUCGACCACGGACAACCCCCUGAUCGACGUCGAGGGCAAGACCUUCCACCACGGCGGCAACUUCCAGGCCAUGUCCGUCACCUCGGCGAUGGACAGCGACCGCAUCGUGCUCCAGAACCUGGGCCGCCUGGCGUUUGCCCAGGUGACCGAGCUGAUCAACUGCGAGAUGAACCGCGGCCUCCCCUCGAACCUGGCCGGCUCGGAGCCCAGCACCAACUACCACUGCAAGGGCCUCGACAUCCACAGCGGCGCGUACUGCGCCGAGCUCGGCUUCCUCGCCAACCCCGUCUCGAGCCACGUCCUGAGCACCGAGAUGCACAACCAGAGCGUCAACAGCAUGGCCUUCGUCUCCGCCCGCAAGACAAUGGAGGCGUGCGAGGUCCUCGGCCUGCUGCUGAGCACGCAGCUCUACUGCGCGCUGCAGGCCAUUGACCUGCGCGCCAUGGACGUGAGCUUCCGCUCGCACGCGGCCGAGCUGCUCAAGACCAGCCUCGCCGCGCACUUCCCCGAGCUCUCCGAGCCCGAGCUCGAGGCGCUGAACAAGCUCUGCGCCCAGAGCCUGGGCAAGCGUCUGGACGCGACGCCGUCGAUGGACUCUGGCCCCCGCUUUGCCGAUGCCGCCCGUUCUCUGGUCGGGCCGAUUGUCGAAUUCCUCGCCGCACGGGGCAAGGACUUCACCCCCGUGUCCGGCUUUGCGGCCGCGUUCGGCAAGGACGCAGCCGCGCUCUACGGCAAGAUGCGCGAUGCUGCUGUGGCCGAGUCUGGCAAGGACAUGAGCGAGGUUCUGGGCAAGACCGGCACGAUCUACGACGCGGUGCGUAACGAGCUCGGCGUCAAGGCGCGCAGGGGUGAUGUGGCCGAGGGCCGCAGUGGAAGCACGGUCGGAACUAGCAUUUCGCGUAUCGUCGAGGCCGUCCGGGACGGUCGGCUCAUGACCGCCGUCGAGGCCAUGCUGGAGUAA